CAAAAACAAAACACACACACAACACUCACGCAGACGCAGUCCAACAUUUCCCCAAAUUCACGACUCUCUUCCUCCUCCAUGGAACUGGAAGGAUACUCAGACGAACCCACUUGCUCAUUCUCCCUCGGAUUCGUUUCGGAGCCCCAAAUUGUUCCUGAAGAACACCCGACCCGAACACCAGCUCCCAAUGACGAAGACUUCGGACCAGAAGACCUCAUGGAUUCGAAUCCUGAAACACCACCAAAACGCCGUCGUCUCCUUCCUUCAGAGAAGGCUGGUCCAAAAUGGGAGGAUUUGAACAAGGACUGUUUGGUGAACGUGGUAACAAUAUUGGGCACGAAAUCACUGCUAAUUGUCAUUCCUUUUGUGUGCAAGUCAUGGUACAGAGUGAGCCUUGAUCCUUCAUGCUGGCAAACUAUUAAUUUUCAAGAAAUCAAGUAUGGUCAUCAGUCUUGGUACCAUUUUUCUUCAGCUUAUGCAUUUUUCAAGUCCAUUAUCAAGCGUAGCCAAGGAAAUGCUACUACAGUCAUGCUACCUACCUUAUGCACAGAGGAGGUGUUAAGAUAUCUUGCAAACGAGUGCCCUGCAUUGAAGGCUCUGUAUUUUCCACCUGCGAUAUGGGACAAUUCUUCAUUUGUUUUGCCAAAACUCAUACGUAAGUGGAAAAAUCUAGAGCUGUUGAAACUUGGAAAUUCCAUUAACAUGGUUAAGAUACUUGAAGGAAUCAGCCUUCACUGCAAGAAUUUCUGCCAGUUAGACAUUGAUUCUACAGCAUAUAUUGGGAGACGUGCAGCAGCAGCCAUUCCCACCCUUUUGCCAAACAUAAAGUACUUAAACCUGAGACAGGCAAACAUCAGUAGGACGAGUUUGAAGAGAAUUCUGCGGGGCUGCAAGAAGCUUGUGCAUUUGGAUGUCAGGGAGUGUAGGUUUUGAAUGUGAUGACAAGUUACUGAAGCUUGGUUCACACAUUAGUAAUUUCCAAAUUUUCAAAGAUGAUGAUGCAUACAUUGUGGGAUUAAUUGGUGAAGUCGAAAUUUAUGCUGGUUUUGAAGGAAAUGCAUCAGAGACGUGACAGUUUCUAACACUAAACAAGAAAGAAGAUGAUAGGAUGAAGAAUAGAGCAGGAGGUUUAGAGAGACAGAGAGAGAGUAUGAUGCUGAAUUCUCAUUUAUUUACUGUUCUGUACAGAGAAGUCCUUAUACACCAGAGGAGUAGGAUUAAUUACAGAAAUUUAUACUAACAAAAUCGAUGUAAUUACAACAGAUUAACCAAAUUCUUCUAAACAACUCUUAACAACCAACUGCCUAACAUGUUCUACAAUAGAAAGCUACAGUUAGCGCUGAGAAUUUUAUCUAUUACAAAAUUGACUUGAUAUAUGAGAAGCAAAAUUG